AUGCCAUCCCUUGGUGGAACUCCACCGAAAUUAAACACACUCAAAAUUGAUUAUUACAAGCCAUCAUUCACAUAUGAAAGACGUAUUCCUCAAUCAAAAACAUUGGAGUUGGACCAUUGUGAACUUAGAGCAUGUGGACUUAUAGAUGAGGGUGUUUCUGAGAAAAGCAAAAGAAAUGCCUUCAGGUCUGCUCGUAGUAAAUCAUUGCUCGGUUAUGACCCAACCAUUGAAGACGCAGACGAAGAAUCUGCUGCGACAGAAGUAAACGUUCUCAUUUCUAAAACUGAAGCCAGCAUAUCUAGUAGCAGUUUUGUGAUUCCGCGCCGAUCAACCAUUGAUUCUGAUGGUAAACCACACAAGGUUACAAUUGGUGUUCUAGAACUUACUUCAACAUUUACGUACACUGUUGUGCCGAAAGUAUCACUUCAUACAUAUCUCAAAGCAACAACAGUGAACACAUCCGAUAAACAACUUCUCGCUGGACCGAUAUCCGUCUUUAUGGACAACAAUUUUAUCACACAUAGUUCAAUUGGUAAUGUCUCUAUUGGUGAUACGUUCGACCUUCCAUUAGGUACGGAUGCAAGUGUCAAAGUGGAAUAUAAACCAAUAAAGAAAAUGGUUGAUACACAAGGUCUCAUCUCGAAAGUGCAUCAUGAGACGAUUCAUCAUGAAACAUAUAUUAUAAACACUAAAUCAACUGAGAUCACAGUGUUCCUCUAUCAACAAGUGCCUCUAUCUUCUGAUGAAAAGAUCAAAGUAAAAUUGAUCACACCUGAUCUACGACAAAAAGAAUAUGCACGCAAUGGCACGGUGAAGAUGAAUGAUAGAAACAAUAUAGAAUGGAAAUGUGUGUUGCAAGCACAUGGAGAAUAUCGAUUUCCGUUAGAGUAUACACUCGAAUGGCCAAAAGAAAAACGUGUGGAAUGUAAGGAAGAAUAA